UUGAGCACACCAUGAGCUACGAUAGGAAGAUUUGCCACCAGAUAUAGAAGGCAUGACGAGCCUAAAAGUGGACAACUUGACCUAUCGAACUUCCCCCGAGACCUUGAAGAGAGUCUUCGAGAAGUACGGAGAAGUGGGGGACGUGUACAUCCCGCGGGACCGCUUCACGCGGGAGAGCCGCGGUUUCGCCUUCGUGCGCUUCUACGACAAGCGCGACGCGGAGGACGCAAUCGAUGCGAUGGACGGCGCCAUCUUGGACGGCCGUGAGCUGCGCGUGCAGAUGGCCCGCUACUCCCGGCCCCCCGACUCCUUCCGCCGAGGCGGGGGGGCGAGUAACCGCCGAGCCAGCCGCUACCGACGUAGCCGCAGGUGAGUCCGCAAACGCACCGCCGUCGAGAGAG